AGGGAUGGAGAGGAGGAGUCCGGAAGAGGCAGGCGCGGUGCCCGCUGCAAGUUCCAGGCGCUCUCUCUCUGAGCUCAUCCCAUCCUCCUCCAAGAGGGAGGAGGCCAGGACCACUGAUUGUUGCCGCUACUGCUAUUACUCCGGCUGGGAGGGUGGUUCCACUUCUCAGCAUCACCGCCUGGGGAAAGUGGGGUGGGGAGGGGAGGACCUCCUUCGAGCAUCUGCUGCUGAUGUUGGACUCUGCAGCAUCCUCCUCCUCCUCAGUCCCAGGGAAGAUGGAUUCGACUGGUACUUCUCCCCCCUUGAAGCAGCUUCUCCUAGUCUGCGCGGGAUGAGGAAACUGGGACCCAGGAAGAGGCUUGUCCAAGUUCUGAAUGGUAGCAAAUGCCAGAGGUUGGAUUUGAACCAAAGUCCUCUGACUCCAGACCCAGUGAGCUUUCCCUUGUGCCACGCUCCCUCCUCUUUGGAUUCCUAUCUUUAAUCUAGAGGGUAUCCAGAGCAGCUAAUGAGGAGACCUUACCAAGGAAUGCUACACUGUAGGUGCUGAGAAGACUGGGACUAGAGGGGGGAGGGGGGAAAUAACUAAAUGAAUGAAUGAAAUGGCAGCACCUAUUUGAAAGGCAUUCAAACCCUCAUAGACUCAAUUCCACAAAGAACAAUGUCCAAGAAAGGACGGAGUAAGGGCGAGAAGCCUGAGGCGCUGAUCGUGGCUCUUCAGGCUGCCAAUGAAGACCUCAGGACCAAGCUCACUGACAUUCAGAUAGAACUGCACCAGGAGAAGUCUAAGGUGGCAAAGCUCGAAAGAGAGAAAACCCAAGAAACCAAACGGAUCCGCGAACUGGAGCAGCGCAAACACACAGUCCUGGUCACAGAGCUAAAGGCCAAACUCCAUGAGGAAAAAAUGAAGGAACUGCAGGCCGUCCGAGAGAACCUGAUCAAGCAGCAUGAGCAGGAGAUGUCACGGACGGUCAAAGUGCGUGAUGGGGAGAUCCAGAGGCUCAAGUCAGCCCUGUUUGCCCUCCGGGAUGGCAGCAGUGACAAAGUAAGGACAGCGUUGACAAUUGAGGCCCGUGAGGAGGCCCGGAAACUCUUUGACUCAGAACGCCUCAAGCUUCUACAGGAGAUCACUGACCUCAAGUCAGCCAAAAAGCAGGUGGAUGAGGCACUGAACAAUAUGAUCCAGGCUGACAAAAUCAAGGCUGGCGACCUGCGGAGUGAGCACCAGUCCCACCAGGAAGCCAUUUCCAAGAUCAAAUGGGAAUGUGAGCGGGACAUCCGAAGACUGUUGGAUGAGAUUAUCGCCAAGGACAGGAUCAUCUUUUCCCGAAAAGAGCUGGAGACCCAGACAGGCUACGUCCAGAAACUCCAGCUGCAAAAGGAGGCUUUGGAUGAGCAGCUCUUCCUGGUGAAGGAGGCUGAGUGCAACAUGAGCAGCCCCAAACGAGAAAUUCCAGGAAGAGCCGGAGACGGCUCUGACCACUGCGGCAGCCCUGACUUACGAAGAAACCAGAAGAGAAUAGCUGAGUUGAAUGCCACUAUAAGGAAGCUAGAAGAUAGAAAUACAUUGCUUGGAGAUGAAAGAAAUGAGUUGUUAAAACGUGUACGAGAAACUGAAAAACAGUGUAAGCCUCUCCUGGAAAGGAACAAGUGCCUCACCAAGAGAAAUGACGAGCUGAUGCUGUCCCUUCAGCGAAUGGAGGAAAAGCUAAAAGCUGUCACCAAGGAAAACUCUGAAAUGAGGGAUAAAAUGACUUCACAUCCUCCCUUGAAGAAGUUAAAGUCUCUGAAUGACCUUGACCAAGCUAAUGAAGAGCAGGAGACAGAAUUUUUAAAACUUCAAGUCAUUGAGCAACAAAACAUCAUUGAUGAAUUAACUAGGGACCGGGAAAAGCUUAUCCGUCGCCGAAAACAUAAAAGAAGUUCCAAGCCAAUUAAGAGGCCUAUUUUGGACCCAUUUAUUGGAUAUGAUGAUGACUCCAUGGAUUCAGAGACAUCAUCCAUGGCCUCCUUUAGGACAGACAGAACGCCAGCCACUCCAGAUGAUGACUUAGAUGAGAGUUUAGCAGCAGAAGAAUCUGAACUUCGGUUUCGCCAGUUAACAAAAGAAUACCAGGCUCUCCAGAGAGCAUAUGCCCUUCUACAGGAGCAGACUGGAGGCAUCAUAGAUGCUGAAAGAGAAGCAAAGGCCCAGGAGCAGCUACAAGCAGAAGUGCUCAGGUAUAAAGCCAAAAUUGAAGACCUGGAGGCAACUUUGGCUCAGAAGGGACAGGAUUCACACUGGGUAGAAGAUAAACAACUUUUCAUUAAGAGAAACCAGGAGCUUUUAGAAAAGAUAGAAAAACAGGAGACAGAAAACAACCGAUUGCAACAGGAACUGCAGGAUGCCAGAGACCAGAAUGAGCUGCUGGAGUUCCGAAACCUAGAGCUGGAGGAAAGAGAAAGAAGAUCACCUCCAUUUAAUCUACAAAUUCACCCAUUCUCCGAUGGCGUAAGCGCUCUACAGAUAUACUGCAUGAAAGAAGGUGUCAAGGAUGUGAGCAUCCCAGACCUCAUUAAACAGCUUGACAUUCUGGGUGACAAUGGGAAUUUACGAAAUGAAGAGCAAGUGGCUAUUAUUCAGGCCAGCACAGUGCUUUCCCUUGCAGAAAAGUGGAUCCAGCAGAUUGAAGGGGCAGAGGCUGCAUUACAUCAGAAGAUGAUGGAGUUGGAGAGUGACAUGGAACAAUUCUGCAAGAUCAAAGGUUACCUGGAGGAAGAACUAGACUAUAGGAAACAAGCACUUGAUCAAGCUUAUAUGAGAAUCCAGGAGUUGGAAGCCACUUUAUAUAAUGCUUUGCAGCAAGAAACUGUGAUCAAGUUUGGGGAAUUACUGAGCGAAAAGCAACAAGAAGAAUUAAGGACAGCAGUAGAGAAGUUACGGAGGCAGAUGCUGAGAAAGAGCAGAGAAUAUGACUGUCAGAUACUUCAGGAGAGAAUGGAGCUGCUACAACAAGCCCACCAGAGAAUCCGAGACUUAGAAGACAAAACUGAUAUCCAGAAAAGACAAAUAAAGGAUUUAGAAGAAAAGUUUCUGUUCCUAUUCUUGUUCUUCUCUCUUGCCUUUAUUCUUUGGCCUUGAUGUCAAGGUGCCUCUUAAAGAGUAACAGACACCAUGGUUGAGACCUUAGACAAGACAUGCUUCCAAACAUGCGAAGAUGAAAAAAAAUUGUUUACACCGAUGGGGGAAUAAAUCAGACAAGAACUACCCAGUAGCCAAGACUACACCCAUGUAUUUUAAAGCCAUUAUUCAAGAUUUCUUACUUGACAGUUCCUACAUGACCCUGUCGAAAAUCUACAAUAUAUGCUGCAUUUAAUGACAACUGUAGAUGUCGAACUAGAAGGAAAGAACUAUGAACAUAUAUUGUUUAAAAAGCAAAAUCAAGGAACCACUUUCAGCAGGUCAAGCAAAGAUGUGUCUUGGGCAUGGAACCAAAGUUACAAUGGAACAAUAUUCAUUCCCCUGCUGUGCAGGGAGGUCGUUUUAAUGUAACACCAAUACCCCACGAAAAACCAGUUAUAAUAAUUAAGAAAAAAAAACCCAUUUUAAAAAGGGGAGGGAGGGUGGAGGGGAGGUAACAAGCACGACGAAUACCCUACAAACUAUGAGGAGCUAUUUACAAUAAAAUAUUAAAUUUGAAAAGUCUGGUUUCUUACUAUAGGGAUUUGCUUUUCUUUUCUUUUUUCCUUUCCUUCCCACUCCCCACCAUUUUUUUUUAUUUUAAACUCAGGAACAGUGACAGCUGCAAUGUGAACAUAAAGAAAAACUCAAUCUUUCUUUUCCUUCCACAUCAAGAGACAGAUCCUGUACUCUGUGUAGGAGACAGCUGGAAAGCAAAUUGAGGCAAUGGCAGCCAAACUCACCACCAAACUAAAGACCCCCAACAUCACCAAUGAGGGACAUUUGCUACAGUGUGGGGAUUCUUGAUAAUGUUUGCCUCAUUGCCCUUCCUGGAAGAACAGACUAAACAUCUGAACCUCCGAUUUAAAGAUCAAAGAAGAUAGACCCUGAAUUCUUACUCCUCCAAUCCUUACUCCGCCAGCAUGGUUUAAAAAAUUCAUAAUCGAAAUACAACUAUUUAAUAUGAUCAUGGAAGCACGGGCUUCAAGGUCAGAAAUCAUCUCAGUGUAUCUGAAACCCAAAUGAUGGCUGUUAGGAUACUUGUUUAAGCUAGUUUGCUAAGAAGAAAUUUCAAUCAUUUCAGUAAAAGCAAAGAAACAAAACCUUUGGGAUGAGGGGAUUCUACACACAGUGGAAUUUACUACAAAGAGGAAACAAGGUAUUUGAAAAGGUAACUCAUACCCUUCUAAAAGCGUCAUUGCUUCAACUAUGAGAUGUUGUUCCCUUGCUGUUUGGAGUGAUGAUACUUCACCUAGAUAAGCCACCAUCUCCAGGUGGCUCCAUCUUGGAGAAUGUAUGGAAAAAUGCAUUCUCAAAGACAUUUUAAGUAGCUCAAUAUCCUAGAGACAAACAGAUGAUCAAGAUGUUCUUCCAGGUCAUAUAGUUCUGGGCUCUGGGUUUUGGUAUUUUUUAAAAAUCACAUGAAUGCUUUUGAGAGGCUAAUUUUAUAGUUUGUUUACUGUAUAUAACAAAACAACCUCAACUUUUCAAAUCACCCAGUUUUUAUUUAAGGGGUUAAAAUCAUCACAUACAGAGAUGGUGUAUAUUUGGGCUGAGAUCUCUACAGAAUUCUCUUGCAAAAUGCUCUUUUCUCCUAGUGCUGCAUGGGACAAGUGUCUAGCUCCUCAGCUUUAAUUCAGAUCAGUAUAGAGGCAGAAAAGAAAGAAAGGACAGAUAGCUAUGUGAGUAGUAAGAGCUCAUUCCUGAGAAUCUGGAGUUUUUGUUUAUUAUUGUGGUUUUUUUCUCAGCUCAAUCACCUUCUCAGGCUCCCUUGGCCCAUCACUUAACCUCUCUGUGCCUCAGUUUCCCCAUGUGCAAAAUGGGGAUAAUAAUUGUGCUUGUUUAUCAAGUCCUUUGCAGUCCCUGGGACAAAAAGGUGCUUUUUAAAAAGUACCAAGUGCUAUAUAAUUGUUCUAAAUGCAAUAUCAUUUGAUUUGGGGUUGAGAGGGAGGCGCCUUUUUUAGAGUCAGAGCAUCAGUUGAAUGUCAGCCAAAGUACUGUAGUACUGAAGUGUUUCCAUGAGACUGACUAAGGGUGUCGCUAGCAAUAAAUUAUGGGAGACCCAAUGUCAGAAUCCUUAUCAACCCAUAACAUAUAUGCCAUGCAUGUUCUUGGACAGGAUAGAAAAGCUUGUCACUAUAAUGAUAAGUUUCCUCAUUCCCUAGUCUUCCUUCGCUAUGUGUGUAUAAUUUCAUAAAGUUUUUUUUUUAAAACUUACCUUGUAUAAGACAAAGUAAAAACAAACAAACAAAGCAUUGAUUUGUGUGAGGCGGGAACCAGACCUAGAAAGUCAAGUAAUGUGUAAUACUGGAUACAAAGAAAGGAAAUACUCAACCCUACCCUUCUCCUCAAAAGAAUGGUUUCCAUAGCAGAGGUUGAUGUAGUUUCUCUAGACUACUUGAAAGACCAUUUCAGUGAUGCUGAUGUAUCAUUGGGGAUGAGGGAUUGGAGAAAUUCAUUCUCUGUUCAACAGAACCUAUGUCCUAGUAAUGCCUCAUUCCAUUUGUGUUUGAAUAAAGUAGGAUAUUAUCUUAAUACUCCUUUUCAGCCUUUAUCCUCUCACUGAUCCAUGAAGGAUAUUACAGAAUCCAGUGAAAAUUCAAGUUGUACCCAGUACUGAACUUGAAGUCAAGGCAGUUGGAUUCAAAUCCCAGAACUUCUAGUCAUUACUUUUAUGUGGCCUUGGAUAAGUCACUCUACUUCUCUGUAGAACUUCAAUUUUCUCAUUUAUAAGAUGAGUUUUGGGGAAAAUCGAUAUGCGAAAUCCCACUCAACUUUAAUUCUAUGAUUAUUCCUAUGUCUACCACUAUAAGCCCUCACCAAGGAGUGAGUCAAAGCAAUGACCUUGCCAGUUGAGAUAGACUAUGGUAAAAGGAGAAAAAAUAAAAUCAGUGUUUUGCCUUGUACUGUUGCUCUAACCUUUAUACUAUCAGUAAUGUGAUUUUGGUCAUCUAUAUGUAUAUAGCAGAUGGGAAACUUGAAUCUUGAAUUGGCAUCUCUAAAAUAUUAAAUGAAUGAGAGGAAAUACUCCAAUGCAUCAGAUGUAUCUUAUAGAGGAUUUAUGGAAAGACAUAAAGGAGCAUUGCACUAAGGUUAGGUGGCAUGCAUAGGUUCCAAUCUCUUGAAGAGAAUGUCCAGAUGGACAAAGUCAUGGCUCUCUUAAAGAAUAGACCAUGUUGAUUAGACCUGCAAUCCACUGAAUUUAUGGAAGGUCGUGGACAAGAAUUGCACAAAAUGGACAGCUAUGAAUGAGUUACCAUCAGCAUCCAUGGUGGGCAUAUCCAUAUUGAUGAGAUCAUGGAUCCAUUGGAAUAUUAGAAUAUCUGCCUGACAUUCAAGUCAUCCAUCUCUUUUCCCUCACUCUUCUACAUGAGUCCACUUUAUUCCUGUGUAGAAAUUAUCAUGGUUAUAUGUCUCAACCUUCUUAGACUUUUCACACACACAGACACUCACAUGCAGAAUUUAUCUCUAUGGAUAUUGUAGAAUCAGACCUGCCCAUAGAAAAUUACCACACAAGCCUUCUAGGGAUUACUUGGAGGUUUUCACAAGAAAGGACACUUUCCCUAACAUAGCUAGGGAAUUUCUCAGGACAGUGGUCUCAAAAUUGUCUCCCCUUUAAAGACGUUUGCUUGGAAAGCCAGAAAUUAAAUUUACAAUAUUAUAUAUGACCCAAAGAUUUGGUCAAGCCUCUUUAACUCCAGCCUGUUUUCCAUACCUCACAAC